AUGAGGAGGGACUUGAAUUUGCGUGGUUUUGCCGAAGAAACCGGGCUUCCAGCGCCUGUUUUCCCUUUCCAGACCUGUUUUCCAACGAGCUGGAGAGCUGGAAACCCGGAAACUUUGGACACCGAGGACGCCGCGAGGAAUUGCACAUCAGAUAUGAUGAAUCCGGCCCAAGACGAGUCGGAGCCGCGAUCGCGGACGUGGCAAUUCUCAAAGACCAAAAUGUGCAAAUUCAAUCUGGUUGGUAUGUGUAUGAAAGGCAGCCAAUGUCCGUUUGCGCAUCAGAAGGGCGAACUACGGGCGUUGCCAGACCUGACAUGUACGAAGCUCUGCAAAACACUUAUCCAGACAGGCACCUGCGAUGAUGCGAAAUGCACCUAUGCUCACAGCAAAGACGAGCUGAGAGCCACAAGCACUUUUCACAAGACCAAGAUGUGCCGGUUUUCCCAGAUGGGUCAUUGCGCGCUCGGGUCGAAGUGCAACUUUGCACAUUCCGACGAGGAGCUUCGGCCUUUGGACACCACCAGCCUGCCGCAGCCGCCGUCGCCAUCAAGUCCGACUCCGGAGGAGUCACUGAGACGAUCGGAGCUCCAAGCUGCGCCGCGCAAUCCAAAGGCCCCGGCUCAGGCUCAGCAGGCCAAGCCUCUUCAAGCUCCGAGGAAACCACAGAUGCAACAAAUUGUGCUGCAGCAGCAGCAGCAGCAACUUCAACAUCAGCAGCAUCAGCUUCAUCAGCAGCAGUUGCAGCAGCAAUUGCAGCUUCAACAGCAGCAGCUUCAGCAGCAGCAGCAGGAAAUCUUGGAGCACCAGCAGCAGAACAAGAUGUUGACACUGGCCUUGCAGCAGCAGCUUGCACUUGCCAGUACCACUUUUGGCUCCUUCGGCCUAUUGAAGGGGCUCCAGCCCUUCCAAGUUGCGACACUGCCAGUGUCAGACGACUUCGUUGACGUGCCACUGGCAGCUGACAGUCCUCCCGACGUGCCAGAAGAUGCAAAGGUUGCUCCGCCAAAGCGCCGCGGUGGCCGGCGGGGGAAGGGGCGCAGCUUGUCCAAAGGCGAGUUCGGAGACUUCAGUUUGGAGGUGGAAGAGUUCUGA